AUGCUGGCUCGGUGGUGCAGUGGCUAUAUAAAGCGCAGCUGUGGCCUAAAACAGACAUUAUCAGUCCAGAGUCAUCCACUAGACAACCACAGCAACAUGUUCAAGCUCCUCAUCAUUGCCGCUCUCGUUGCCUGCGCCGUGGCCAAGCCCGGCGUCGUCGCACCACUCGCCGCACCACUCGCCGCACCACUCGCCGCACCACUCGCCGCACCACUGGCCGCCUCUGUGGCCUAUGCGAAUGCACCACUCUAUGCCGCUGGCGGCAGCAGCCAGGUUGAUAUCCGCAACAACUAUGAUGGCACCCAGUCCUCCUACACCACGGCACCCUUUGAGCUGACACCACCCUACUCCAACCGCUAUGUCUCCGGUAUUCCAGCUGCCUAUGCCGCCGCCGCUCCCUACGCCGCUGCUCCACUGGCCGCUCCACUGGCUGCUCCUCUGGCCUCGCCAUACGCUGCGCCCUACACCCUUGGCUCACCCUUCGCUGCGCCCUAUGCCGCACCCUAUGCCGCACCCUAUGCCGCACCCUAUGCCGCACCCUAUGCUGCACCCUACAGCUUCCCCGCCCCUGCUCCAGUUGUUGUCUAG